AUGGCCAAGAGCGCUCUAAUAGCCAACCAAGGAUUGUGUUGUUGGAUCAUUUUAGCCAUUGUGCUUGUAAGCCAGUCAAGGUUCAGUGAAGGUAAACCAGUACGACAGAACACCCUGAAGCCCUCUGACCUCACCAAAUGCCAGAACAUCUCCAGGAGUUUGGUCAAUGUGGUUGCUGAAACUCUUUCCAAUUUACAGCAAGAAUUUGCCGAGGAGUUCAGGUGCACAUUUGAUAAUAUUUCUGUUGAAGAUGUCACAAAUAAAGAAGUCAACACAGUUACUGCCUGUCUGCCCAAGGUCUACCCUGAGAAUUCUGUGUGUCAGAAAAUGAACAGGACAGCUCUUGAUGAGACCACUUGUCUGAAAGCAAUCCAUGCAGACCUGAAAGCAUUUAAUAAAGAACUGCAGGAUUUAAGUCCUUCUCUUAAUGAUGUCAUGAAGGAGUUGAUGAAGGCUCUUAAGGUCCAAAAUAAGAAAGAUGAAGACACCAAGACAUCUCCCUGCUCAACAUUUGAAUGCAAAUAUAAAAAGUGUGGUGCUAUGCUGGCCUUUCGUCUGCGUUCGGUUACAAUUGCCCGGGUUUUGAACUAUCUAAAAGAGGAAAACACAAAAGAUCAAAAUAGAAAAAAGCAGUAG